AUGGAUCAUAGCAUCUGUGUAUGGAAUGUAUGGAGCAGAGAUCAUAAGAAAGCUUGCGUCUUUAACUAUCAUAAUGCAGGUGUGAAAGAUGUGAAGUGGUCACAGCAGGGACUGUUCUUGCUCUCUUGUGGGUAUGACUGCUCAUCAAGGUUAAUUGACAUUGAAAAGGGAUUAGAGGCUCAGGUUUUCAAGGAGGAUCAGGUGGUCCAUGAAUAUAGACGAGGUCUUGGUCCAAUCCUUGAUGUAGAAUUCACCACUGAUGCAAAGCAAUUUAUUUCUUCCUGUGAUGAAUCCAAAGGCAAUAUCAGCGAAAAUUCAAUCAUUGUUUGGGAUGUCUUGCGGCAAGUUCCGCUAUCUAAUCAGAUGAGAUCCAUUAAAGCUCAUAUGUUUCUCUUCAGGUUUAUGUGGAAGCGUAUACUUGUCCAUGCAUUAGAAUCCACCCUUUUGAUCCAUAUUUUGUCGCUCAGUCAAAUGGAAAAUUACAUUGCAAUCUUCUCUUCCAAACCACCCUUCAAGCUUGACAAGUACAGGAGAUAUGAAAGCCAUAGCGUUUCUGGGUUCCCUAUCAAGUGUAAUUUCAACCUGGAUGGAGAAAAAAUUGCCUCUGGCUCCUCAGAUGGAUGCAUUUACUUUUACAACUCUAAAUCCUCUGAGCUUGUGAAAAAAAUGAAGGCGUAUGAACAAGCUUGCAUGGAUGUUGCUUUCCAUCCUGUCAUGCCUAAUGUGAUUGCUUCAUGUAGUUGGAAUGGAGAUGUCUCGGUGUUCGAGUGA